GCAGCUGCUCGGUUCGGUCAUGGCUGCGUUAACAUUUGUGGUUUUGUUCUCAUUUUCAUGGAUCUUUGUUCUGGCCAAAAAAGAGACACAGGAGGUGAAGGUGAAGCCUGGAGAGGACGCCACUCUUGAGUGUUUAGUGGCUCCCACGAUGGAUACAACUGGAUGGGUAUAUUGGGUACAUUGGGAUAGACUUGGCCAGAAGGACAACUUUGUCUUUGUUCGCUAUGGAAACAUCUCAUAUGUAGAGGAAAUGCUUCCACGUUAUCGUGGUGCAGUGGAGAUGAAAGAUCCAGAGCUGAAGGAUGGAGACGCUACUGUGAUUCUGAGGAACGUCGACAUUUCUGACGCUGGAACAUAUGAGUGUCGGGUUUUAUUACUACCCAUGGUCACGUGUGGGAGAUUCAAACCCAAUCUCAUCAGCACUAUCAGGCUGACAGUGACAGAACGAGGUCACACAGCUGGACACAAGGAGGGAGGAGACAAGGAGGGAGGAGACAAGAAGGGAGGAGACAAGGAGGGAGUAAACACUGAUGGCGGAGACAAGAAAGGAGGAGACAAAAAGGGAGGAGACAAAGAGCCAGUAAACACUCAUGGCGGAGACCAGAAAGGAGGAAAUAAAGAGGAAGGAGACAAGCAGGGAGGUGACCAGGAGGGGGGAGACAAGGAAGGAGGAGACAAGGAGGGAGUAAACACUGAUGGUGGAGACAAGAAAGGAGGAAAUAAAGAGGAAGGAGACAAGCAGGGAGGUGACCAGGAGGGGGAGACAAGGAAGGAGGAGACAAGGAGGGAGUAAACACUGAUGGCGGAGACAAGAAAGGAGAAAAUAAAGAGGAAGGAGACAAGCAGGGAGGCGACCAGGAGGGGGGAGACAAGGAAGGAGGAGACAAGGAGGGAGUAAACACUGAUGGCGGAGACAAGAAAGAAGGAAAUAAAGAGGAAGGAGACAAGCAGGGAGGCGACCAGGAGGGGGGAGACAAGGAAGGAGAUGGAAUAGAUGGAGGAAACAAGGAUGUAAGAAAAGCAGAAGGAAACAGGAGUUUCCUUCAUAGCAGAGAAAAUGUCGGACUAGUCGUUGAUCUGUUACUUGGCGCACUUCUUGUUGCUGUUGUUGUUGUUGCUGUCGUUGUUUUUCGUUUCAUAAUCUGUAGAAAAUAUAAAGUCCUCACAGAGAUUAAUUCAUACUGACCUGCUGCUGAUACAGAAACCGACCAUCUGCAGGUGAAAGGUCUCAGAUCUCAAAAAAGACAAAUCAAACCGAACAACAAGUCACAGGCGAAUAUCUUAUAGUCCACAGGUGAAAACAAAAUAUAUAAAUAACAUGUGAUCAGCUCUAUUAAUAUGAUAUGAUAUAUUUCAGCAUGAGCAGAUAUCGCAGGAAAAGAAAGCACAUCAUCAUUUAAGGUAACUGAAAAAUUAAUACACACAUCAGUAAAUUGUACAAUGUAUUCUGUAUCUCCUUAAAUAAAACCCACAUUAGAUUUAGACAAUGUAAAAAUAUUGAAAAUAUGUUGACCAUUUUAUACACAACAUAAUUUGUAGAAACUGGGAUAGGUUUAUUCCAUAUGUUGAAGAUGCAUGGAAUUUUUUCUAUUCUGAGGUCACUAAAGUAAUUGACAAACAUGUUUCCUUUAGAACCAUCAGAGUCAAAGGUAGACAUUUACCAUGGAUCAGCUCACAUCGGAUUAGUCUUUUUAAACAAAGGGAUAAAGUCUGGGCUAAAUAUUGCUCUUCUUCAAAUGCCACAGAUUGGGAAGCUUACAGAUAUCUCAGGAACUUAUCUAAGACCAAGAUAAGGAAUGCAAAAUCUACUUAUUAUAAUGCGGGUAGCUCAAAUCAAAUGACCGUAUAAAACGGGUAUGACGUUGAAUUUCUUUGCACAGACCGGUAUCACUGCGACAAACAGAGUUUGAGUUAUAAUCUGAGCUUCGUGGUGGUCUCACGCCCCCUUUACACCUGGUAUUAAAAUGCGAUCUGACACAGAUCAAAUUUUACCAACGGAGAUAAAUAAAUCCCUGGUAGAACUGCUUUUGUAUUCAUAAAGAAAUGUCUGCUGAUGAAAUAAAGUCAAAUUGUAGUGCGUCUGUUAGCAGAGGAGGUGAGAGCCCAAAUGCAAGACACCGAGAGCAGACUCAGUUCAGGGUAUGUAAUCCAAAUGAGAACAGGUAACAGGCUUACACGCAAUUGACUGGAAAGUUACUGGGGGAACAGACACAAGCAAACAGAUCACAAGUAAACUACCACCAACAAGGAACACAGACAGAACUAAGAGCAGACAUGGGUAAAACAACAACCUACACAGUCCAGGAGUAACACUAAGACAUGAAAAUAAAUGAAUGGAUGAAUGAAACCAAAAGCCCGAGAAACCAAAAUCAAAACACAGGGUAAACAAGACAUGGCUGACAGGCAUGGGUAAGGGUAUACCACGGCCUGUCAUGAGCUAUUGCUUAAUUAUAGAGAUGGCUUUUCACAGGACUUUCAAAAUCCCAGAAAAUUCUGGAAUCAUUUGAACCAUAUACUCAGUAAAAUAACAAAAACUCUGUGAAUCAAAAUCAAAUUGAUAGUUCUUCCAGCAUGAUCUUCUCUACUGGUGCAUUCUGUUUUAGAUCAGUCAUGCCUAUUGAUGUUUUUCAUGUCAUCCAUCCAUCCAUUGUCAACCGCUUAUCCUGUGUACAGGGUCGUGGGGGGGCUGGAGUCCAUCCCAGCUGACAUUGGGCGAAAGGCGGGGUACACCCUGGACAGGUCGCCAGUCCAUCGCAGGUUUUUCAUGUCAUUUGUGGGUUAAAAGAAAAUAGCAGUGCAGGUCCUGGCGGUCUUGAAGCAAGAUUCAUUAAGUGUUCAUUCAUUCAGAUUAUUUACUAUUACUAUUAUCCCCCAAGGAUCCAUUUUGGGACCCCUCCUUUUUUCUAUCGUCAAUGAUUUCUCCAAAAUCUUUAAAAAAUUGCUCAGUGCAUCUGUAUGCUGACGAUACAGUUAUUUACGCCUCGGACUCAGAGAUAAAUAAAAAUACAAGACUCCUUACAAUGCUUCACAUGAAUAAAUUGGUAAUAAAUAAAAAAAGUCUGUAAUGUGCUGUUCAGAACAAGGAGCAAUCGUCUUAGUACUUUACAUAUGUAUAUUAACUUUGAAUAUGGGUCUCUCGUGGAUGAAGUGGAUCAAUUUACAUAUCUUGGAUUGACCCUGAACUCAGUUUCAAAUGACAUAUUGGCUUCCUUAUAAAUAAAUCUAUGGCUGUUUAAGUUCUCUUUACCGAUCAAUACACUGUUUUACAUUUCAAGCCAGGAAAAUUAUUUUUUCUCAGACGGUACUGCUGAAUAUUGAUUAUCUUGGUAUUAUCUAUAUGAACAUCACUGACACCAAUCUUAGGCCUCUUAAUGUUGUUUUUAAUUGUCUUUGUAGAUUUGUCUUGAGGUGUUCAUUUAACAACAAGCGUCUCAUCACUGCUCUAAGUAUGAGACGCUUAACUGUUUACAGCCUAAAGCAAGAGGGGAAUUUCAAUGGAUAAAGUUUAUUUUAAAAUGUGGUUAUUUUUGCUGUCCUCCACACUUGAAACAAUUUUUAGUUUCUUGUAGAGUUCCAUAUCCACUCAUAUAACAACAUAAUUUGAUUUGCUUUUGGGUUGAAUGAUAGUUGAUUUUCAUUUGUUAUAAUUGAAGUUAUGGGAUUGUUUUAACUUGUUACUUUUCCUUGGAUUAACUGAGGGUGUUGGUGUGGUUGGUGUGGGUAAGAGUGGGUGUGCGAGUUAUAUAUGUGUAUGUGUAUUGUAUGUAGUUUCGUAAUGUUUUGUAGUUGUUCAUUAUAUAUUUGUGUUAUAGGACGCCCUUGAAAAUGAGAUGCUGCAUCUCAAGGGGCUAUCCUUCAAUAAAUUCAAUUAAAUUUUGUGUGAAUUGAUGCUGCAUGCAGGCAGUUUCCUUGACCAUGAUACACGCUCCAUUAUAUCAGACUGCUCUUUAUGUUUCUUUGUUCAGGUGUCAGGUAUUUUAGAUUUUGGGUGAUGGUUUCUGUUUGUUUUCUGUUGUAAAGCUCUUUAUUGUUCUGCUUUCAGAUGCCUCUAUUUAAUGUCUCUUUGUUUUUAAUUCGGUCCCUGAUAAUAAUGUAGAUGGUGAAUGGUCUGUGUUUAAUUUGUAUUUCUGGAACAGCUCAUCUUAAAGCUGUACAACAAUAAUAAUAAUAAUAAUACAAUAAACUGCAGCU